GCAACAUGGCGGCGGCGGCGCUGCCCACGAGCCGCCCCUCGGCCCGCAGGAAGCGGCGGGGCCGGCCCGGCCCGCGGCGGGAAGUGAGGUUGGCGGGGCCGCCCCCGCCGCGCCGAGGCGGCAGCUUCGGUCCCGGGCGGCUCCGAGCCGGGCGGCGGCUGGGCAGGGCCAAGGGGGCGGCGGUCGUCGCCUGCAGCGCCAGCGGCAUGGUGGGGGACGGCGACGAACGGGCUCCGCCGGAUGCCCCCGAGCUGAAGCGGCGGCGGAAGAGCCCCCGCUUGGCGGAGGCGGCGGAGAGGGAAAGGGAGGCCGAGCUCGAGCCCGGCUCCGGUGGGGCGCCGGAGGGGGGCGAGCUCGGCGUUGUGAGCCCGGACCGCCUGACCCGGCCGCCGAUCCGAGCCUGCAGGGCAGCAGUAGGCAGUUCUUCAAAUUUCUUACUUCCAGAGAACCCAGCAAAGGAAAAAGCAAAGGAUUAUGAUGGCAUUGAACCCAAGAAAGCAGUAGGGCAUCAACCAAGUGUUCAUGCACCGUUAAAAGAAAGCAAGGCUGAUGUCUUUGAGAAAAAUCAAGAGCACCACUCAACUAAGCUACAGAGCAGAAGUAAAUUUCGAGACCAACCCAGUAUAGUGAAGCAGUCACAGCAGCAGUCACAGCGUUUAGCCAAAAAGGAUGGUGGAUCAAAGAGUGGAUUUCAAAAAGGAUGGACUUUACUGGUUCUGGCAAUAGUUGUCGCACUGUUUUGUGUUGGGUGGAUUGGAAUGCCAAGCCUUUUAGACACAACUUCGUCAAGGAGAAAUACUCAAAUUCUGCAAGUGUUUCGGGCCCGGAUGGAUAAACUCAAAGAAACAUACCAAAGUCAGGACCCCAAUCUGUGGAGAAAAACCCGCAUGUUCCUUGAGAAGCACCUCAAUGCUUCCCAUCUGCACAUGGAGCCAGCCAUCUUACUGUUCACAGCUGGCCAAGAAGCUGAGAAAGCGCUGAGGUGCCUCAGUGAUGAGAUUGCUGAUGCUUUUGCCUUCUCCCAGAAUGCUACUGCAAUCAAAAUUAACGGGGCAGACAAAGCCGAAAUGGAUAGUGAUGUUGUUAAGAUGGAGGUGGAUGACAAGCUCAGCUCUGGGUUCAGCGAAGGCAAGAAGGUAGCAGUGGUGCAUCGUUUCGAGUUACUGCCUGCAGGCUCCACCUUGAUCUUUUACAAGUACUGUGACCAUGAAAAUGCAGCAUUUAAGGAUGUGGCUCUUCUGCUGACUGUUCUCCUGGAUGAGCAGUCACUGGGAAAGAGCCUUACCGUGCCAGAAGUUGAGGAGAAAGUGAGGGAUUUCCUCGGGACCAAGUUCACCAGUUCAGAUGUUCCUAGUUCUUACAAUAGCAUGGAUACAGAUAAGCUGAGUGGACUGUGGAGCCGUAUAUCUCAUCUUGUGUUACCUGUUAGGCCUGAAAAGGGCCUUCCUGUGGAGGGAUGCACAUAAAAGUUGUUAGAGAGGACUCUGGAAAGGCGGAAGACAAUAUGUUGUAAUGGCUGAACAGGGAAGAACUACUACUAUUGUGGCUGCUGAGCUCAGGCAGCACAAAGUUCUUUCUGUGCAAAGCAAUUUCACCAAGUGGCAGGGUUGCUUCUGCUAAAUAACUGGGACUUCUCUAAAUGAACUGCAGAACGUAAACAAGGAACUUGAUUGUUCUUGGUAAGUUGUCUUCAGUAACUUACUCAGGUUUGGUGUCCUGGAGUUAGAAGCAAGCAUCCACAACUGCAGAACACUCAUCUGCUCAUGAAGCUGUCUUGGUGCACUGUUGGCUUUGCUGUGAAGAUCAGAUCCCCUUCUGCUAGUGGAUAAAAGCUAGUAUCACGUGUAACAAGGUAACAGGAUGUAAAACCAUCAGCUUCAUCUGCCAGAAUUGCUUCCUUUUCUUACAAUACAUUGAAAAUGAUAAAGUGACAUGAGUCUAAGCACAAGUCUUUUCUUGGUCCAUUUAACUACAGCAUAGAUGUCAGCUGUCUCUGGAGACUUCUAGAAAUGGCGAGAAUUGCUUGAGAGAUUUGUGACUUGUAGAGGACCUUUCAGCAAGCAUUUCUUCCUAAAAUGAGUCUGCCCCAACCAGUCAGGAGAGCGAGAAAUUUUCAGACAUUAGCUUGAAGUUAGUAGUAGAUGUCAGUUAAAUGAUCCCUUAGCAGCUCUUUGCCUCACUGCUUCCAAGAAUUCUCUGCUGUUUGUCAAAGUCUGUGAGUCUUAACGUUUGG